AAGUACUCUUCCAAAAAGAACAAAGAAUUUGCUAAACGAAUUCCGUCCGGCAGGUGGGCGUACAUGCAGAAAGCCCAAUAUAGCAAUAGCCGUCUUCAAAAAACUCGAGAUUUCCUCAAUCGUGUAGGCUUAACCCGCCUGGGUUCCUCUCUCUAUGCCUCCACUGUCAAAAACCCUGAAUUCUUUGACCCUGAGAAUCCUGAUGAUUUCAAUGAUGCCCCCUUCAUAUGGAACUCUACCCUGUCUGAUUAUGCAAAAUGUGGGGAUCAAGCAGAUGCACCUAAGCUGUUUGAUGAGAUGCCAGUUACAGAUUCCAUUUCAUGGAAUAGUGACAUCUGGAUUUUGAGGAAUGGGGAGCUUGAGGGAGGUUUUGGUUACUUCAAAAGCUGUGAAGCUCAGACCUUUGUAGGUUGGAUCAAGAACUCUGACAACAAUUUUGUCAGCUUGUGAUAGGGAAGAGUUAUAGUUUGUCAAUGAGAUGAUAGAAGUGUAGGAAACAUGUGUUUUAUUAUUUUUCAUGGGUUUUAAAUGGAUAUGGAAGGGAAACAAUUGUAGGAAAUUCUUUGAGGACAUCAUACUAUAAAUGUGGGAGUUUUGA